CUUCCCCCGCCAUUGUCAUGUCUAGACCAUCCGGCUCCUUCUCUGCCCCUCCGCAAGUCCACACUUUUGACGGACUACUCUCCGACUUUGACGGCACUAUCGUCGACUCAACCGAUGCGAUUGUGAAACACUGGCACAAAAUCGGUGCGGAGUUGGGCGUUGACCCCAAGACCAUUUUGGCCACUUCCCACGGCCGCCGAAGCAUCGACACGAUCCAGUUGUACGACCCGAAGAAGGCCAAUUGGGAGUAUGUCAGCUACAUCGAAGGUCGCAUCCCGAAGGAAUACGGGUCGGACGCCGUCGAGAUUCCCGGGGCGCGGUAUUUCAUGUCAGCGUUGGACGACGCCGGCGCUCGCUGGGGCGUGGUAACCUCUGGAACGCGUGCGCUGGUGGACGGCUGGCUGGGCGUGCUGAACCUCGCCCACCCCAAGGUCUUGGUGGUGGCGGAAGAUGUCGAGCUGGGCAAGCCUGACCCCCGGUGCUAUCUGCUUGGUCGGACGCGCCUGGGUCUGGAGCAUUCCUCGUCUCUGGUAGUUCUGGAGGAUGCGCCGUCGGGCAUCAGGGCUGGUAAGGCGGCCGGGUUCAAAGUCAUUGCGCUCACGACGACCCACACGCUUGCGCAGCUCCAAGAAGCCGGUGCCGACUGGAUCGUCGAGGAUCUGAGAAGCAUCAGCAUCAAGGGCGUGGUCGAUGGCCAGAUGCAGUUGGAAAUCCGGAACGCCUUCCAAUAAAGGGGAUACACUUUGAACUUUGAACUAACUCCAGGUGGAGGAGGUUUCUGGAAACCCGACGACGAAAGUUUGGAUCCAAUAGAUUGCGGGCAUCUUAUCCUUUUUACCUUUUGGAUUUAUCCAUGCUCUUCUUAUCCACUUCCUUGAUUUCGAUUGACAUUUAGCCUGAUUUUUUGAUCCCUUUAUUGUGUGCGGGUCACAGUAUCGGGGUCCAGUCUACUACGAAGAUUCUUAGACAGAACCCUCGAUUGUACAUAGACAGAUACCUACCUACUUGACCUACCUCGAGUAAGUCAAGUUAUCAUUAGAUAGACCAGCGAAGAACCGUUU